AUCCCCCACGUGCGUUUGCUGUGGAUCUCUGAUCUCGUGAAUGGGUUUCCAAUCUUGCGUUUGCUGUGGAUCUCCGCCAACUUCAUCCCCCACAUGACUGCCGGAGCAGUUCUAAAUGGGAGAGCAGGUUGCAAAAACUAUAAACUGGUUCCCUGUUCGAAGAAAAAGAAGACGAGUGGUGAAUUUUUUCUGCCUGAUGAGCUGAUAUUCGAAAUCCUUGUUCGGCUUCCGGCCUACGUUCUCUACAAUUCAACAAGGUACGUUUGCCGACAGUGGUAUAAAAUCAUCUACGAUCCUCUCUUCUGCAAGGAACAACUCCUUCGUUCCAGUACUGGCUUGUUAAUGCAAGACCCCUGUACUCCACAUACUGGUGAAUUUGCAGAGUUUGGGGAAAUAAGUGCUACAGUUACAGAGAUAAAUUUUAUGUUUCCUAACCGGGUUUUGUCUACCUGCAAUGGUCUAGUACUGUUUCGCAAUCCACAUGAUCCUUCAACAUUGCAUGUAGCUAAUCCUCUCACGAAGCAAACGGUAACUGUUCCUCCAUUUAAAUGCCAUCCAGAUGGCUCUUGUAUCUCAUUUGCUUGUGCUUAUUCGAAGAUGGAGUAUAAAGUGCUGUGCACCUAUGGGCCUGAUGGGGGCAAACACACCUGCGUGAUGUUAACUCUGGGCAAAGAUCAUGCAUGGAAACCGAUUAACCGUCAAAAGUUGUCUGAUCGAGGUUGGAGUAUGGUCAGAGAUUGUCCAUUAUCUGGAGGACAGUUUCUCUACUGGGCUGAUCAUCUAGAAAAGUCUGUUGUUGCUUUGGAUGUGGAAUCUGAAUUAUUUAUUGAGUUUCCCAGCCCAGCAGUUUGGAGUUGUCAUAGUUCUAUCCUUUAUGUAGAAAGAGAAAGAACUCUAAGUUGCUCGGUGAUGACUUAUUGUAGAAGUUUGGCUGAUAUUUUUGUCUUGUCUGAUCCUAUGACUGGUGAGUGGAGGAUGCUCUACAAGAUUGACUUUGGUGCUCAAAAACAUUUAUUAACCGGCAUGGAUCAUGCCUCGUUCCCUCCUUCAAGGGCUGAAUCGUUUUUUUUUGCCCCAGUUGCUUGGGUGAACAUGGGUGAUGUGCUGGUUUUGUAUAUUUCAACGCCAUCAGGUAUUGGAGGCUACUACUUUGCUUUCAAUGUCAAGACUGGAAAUUUCUUCAAAGUUGGCAGUAAGCUGUAUCGUACCUUGAAGGGUUUUUGUUGUGGUAACAAUUCACUAGUAGCAGUAGUUGUAGGGGCCAUAGAUCAAAAUCUGUGUCUUAAUGUUAUUCUUUUUUUGUUGGUACUUCGGAAAUUCAUGUCUUAAUGUUUUUCGUGUCGGCAUUAUCUAUUCCUGAACUUCCUGUGUUUGUGAAGUGAAGUGACAGUGAGACUAUCCCAGAUAAUAAACCCUGGAUGUGUUUCUCAUUUAAGUUAAUGACGUCGUUUGUGUUUUCUCACCCUUUUCA